AUGCGCUCUGCACGGACUACUGCCACCAUCGCGAGUUCUUCUCGAUCCAGGCCUGUGAGACGUGGAUCCCGAUACUCAGAUUCUACAGAAGAUGACACUAGGAGGCUAUUAGAACCAUCUGAAGAGCUUUACGAUGGCGAUGACGACGAGGCUGAUGAGGAGACCCGCUUGACAUCUGGCGAGCCAGAAACGAACGAAAGACUUGGCACGGUACAUCGCUCCCGAACGAUCCCUUUCAGGCCUUCAGAAAAAUUACAAGCCAAAUUUCCACCCAACGUUGUCAAAAACCAGAAGUACAAUAUCUUUACCUUCCUCCCCUUAGUUUUUUACGAGCAAUUCAAGUUCUUUUUCAACCUUUAUUUCCUACUUGUUGCUUUGUCCCAAUUUGUACCCGCGCUGAAGAUAGGUUUCAUCGUCACAUAUGUUGCUCCCCUAGCAUUCGUUUUGUCCGUAACGAUGGGCAAAGAAGCAUAUGACGACUAUCAGAGACAUCUUCGUGACCGAGAGGCGAAUUCCCAAAAAUAUUCCGUCUUGGACGCGCAAGUGCUCCCUUCGGGUGACUCAAACGACAUAGAGAAUGAAGGGGCUCCACACGGGUCUCCCAAAAUCCGGGCCGUGCCUUCCUCGCAACUGAAAGCUGGUGACCUUGUCAUUCUGGAGAAAAACCAACGAGUUCCUGCCGACAUGGUCUUACUCAGAACCUCGGACUCUAAUGGGACAUGUUUCAUUCGUACGGAUCAGUUAGAUGGAGAGACAGACUGGAAGCUACGGGUGGCUGUCCCUUCCUGUCAGAAGAUAUCAUCAGAAAACGAUCUAGUUUCUUUAGAUGCAGAAAUAUAUGCGGAUCCCCCUGUUAAAGAUAUCAACACUUUUAUUGGCACAUUCUCCGUCCAAACAAUACAUUCAAUCAAUGGUCAAGAUGUACCAUUAAAUCCCAAAGUGGAGCCGUUAACGGUCGACAAUGUCCUGUGGUCAAACACGGUGCUAGCAGCCGGGACCGCAGUCGGGUUUGUCAUCUAUACUGGCCCCGAAACUCGCGCUGUGAUGAACACAAGUCACCCCGAAACCAAGAUGGGAUUGCUUGAUUUGGAGAUAAAUCAACUGGCAAAGAUUCUGUGCACGGUGACGUUUGCCCUAUCCAUAGCCCUUGUAGCCCUCAAUGGGUUCAGGGGUCUGUGGUAUGUCUAUAUCUUCCGAUUUUUGAUUCUAUUCUCCUCUAUCAUCCCUAUAAGCUUGCGCGUCAACCUAGAUAUGGGGAAAACGGUAUACGCACAUCAAAUUCAGAACGACCCGGAGAUCCCGGACACCAUCGUCCGGACGAGCACGUUACCAGAGGAACUUGGGAGGAUAGAAUAUCUCCUGAGUGAUAAGACAGGGACACUUACUCAAAACGAGAUGGAAAUGAGGAAGUUACACAUGGGUACUAUGUCAUUCGGCUUGGACUCCAUGGAUGAAGUUAGCAAUCAACUAUCAAUUGCAUUUUCCGACGGUCGAGAAGCUAAAGGGCUACCGUUACCAACCCUUCCGGCGGGUGUCCAGUUGGCGGGAAGAGGGAGGCGAGAUAUGACGUCUCGGAUUCGUGAUGUGGCUCUUGCCCUUGCUCUGUGUCAUAAUGUUACGCCGGUAAUUAAUGAUGAUGGCACAGUUUCGUACCAGGCAUCAUCACCAGAUGAAGUCGCUAUUGUUAGAUGGACUGAGUCUAUUGGACUCACUCUUAUCGCUCGCUCCCGUACCCAUAUUGAUUUGCGAACUCCGACUGGAUCAACAUUGUCAUUCGCUGUUCUAGAGCUUUUCCCCUUUACCUCGGAGUCCAAAAGAAUGGGCAUUAUAAUCAAAGAUCUUCAAACGAACGAGAUAACAUUCCUCCAGAAGGGGGCUGAUGUUGUAAUGGCGCCCAUUGUACAGAGGAACGAUUGGCUCGAAGAGGAGUGUGCCAAUAUGGCCCGCGAGGGCCUCCGAACUCUUGUCAUGGCGCGACGGAAGCUUUCUGUUGAAGUGUACGAUGCCUUCGUACAAGCUUAUCAGGAAGCGAGUGUUUCCCUUCAAAAUCGCAAUGAAAACAUGGCAGCAACCGUGGCACGACAUCUUGAGCACGAUCUGGAGCUUCUAGGUCUGACUGGGGUUGAAGACAAGCUUCAAGAUGGUGUCCGAUCGACCCUGGAACUUCUUCGAAAUGCCGGACUCAAAAUAUGGAUGUUAACUGGAGACAAGAUCGAAACUGCGACAGUUAUUGCGAUUUCCACGAAGCUAGUGGCGCGUAAUCAGUACAUUCACACCGUCUCGAAACUGUCCAAUACAGACGACGCAAAAUCUGAGCUGGAAUUCUUACAGUCCAAGCCCGAUUGUUGCCUAGUGAUCGACGGCGUGUCUCUACAGCUUUGCCUUGAUCAAUUUCGGAUUCAGUUUAUCGAGAUUGCUACCAAACUUUCAGCAGUCGUGGCUUGCCGGUGCUCGCCCACUCAGAAGGCCGAUGUCGCGCGCUUGAUACGGAACUUCACGAAGAAAAGGGUAUGCUGUAUCGGGGAUGGAGGGAAUGACGUCAGUAUGAUUCAGGCAGCGGACGUCGGUGUGGGCAUUGUCGGGAAAGAGGGGAAACAGGCUUCAUUGGCUGCCGACUUCUCAAUAACCCAGUUCAGUUACUUGACUAAGCUCCUCGUCUGGCAUGGGCGUAACUCGUAUAAGCGAUCGGCCAAGUUGGCCCAGUUCGUUAUCCACCGUGGUUUGAUCAUUUCAAUCAUGCAAGCCGUGUUCUCAGCAAUCUUCUACUUCGCUCCCAUAGCCCUAUAUCAAGGUUGGCUGAUGGUUGGUUACGCUACCACUUACACUAUGGCGCCGGUCUUCUCGUUGGUGCUUGAUCGCGACGUUACUGAGGAUUUGGCGUUGAUUUAUCCUGAGCUUUACAAAGAAUUGACGAAGGGUCGAGCCCUGUCUUACAAGACUUUCUUUAUGUGGCUGAUGAUCAGUGUUUAUCAAGGUGGUGCUAUCAUGAUUAUGAGUUUAUUGCUAUUCGAAAAUGAGUUCCUGAACAUUGUUGCUAUCUCAUUUACCGCAUUGGUUUUGAACGAGCUUUUCAUGGUUGGCUUGGAAAUAACAACUUGGCAUCUGUAUAUGAUUAUCGCCGAAAUCGUGACACUCUUGAUAUAUAUCAUCAGCAUGGCUUUCCUGCCUGAGUAUUUUGAUCUGUCAUUUGUUGUGUCUGCGACAUACGCUUGGAAGGUGACAUUGAUCGUAGCCGUCAGCGCUUUCCCUUUGGGCAUCAUCAAGCUUAUUCGUAGUCGGGUACAUCCUGCGACUUUUACGAAACUAUCGUAG